UCACACACAGGAAAGAAGGGAGAGAGAGAGAGAGAGAGAGAGAGAGAGAGAGAGAGAGAGACUGUUCUUAACAGCAAGUUGACACUCCUUUCUUCUUUAUCUCCUGCUCCAUUUCUCCCACACACACGGCAAAUAAAAAAAGGUAAUCUCCAGUGUGAUCACCUCAGCGGCUAAUAUGAACGGAACACAGGUUCCUGUCCUUGCAAUGAGCCAGCUUCAGACUAGCCCAAACAGCUCCAGCAGCUCUUGGCAGGGCGAGGCAAACAAGGGAAUCCAAAUCACAGCUACUCUGCUUAUCUUCCUGGUGGGCGUAUCUCUGAACGGGUUGGUGGUUUGGGCACUUGGACUGCGGGGUAAUCGUCACCUGGUGCGCAGAGGCAGCAGUGAGGAGACUCGUGCAGCCAGCAGUUUCCGUAUUUAUGUCCUGAACCUGGCCAUGGCUGACCUGGUGCUGCUCAUGCGUACCCCCCUUAUGUUGGGCUAUAUUGCCCACAACUACAGCUGGCCAUUUGGCCAUGUCUUCUGCCGUCUGGUCAUAUUCCUGCGAGGCCUGGGGUUAUACGCCUCCGCUUUCCUCCUCUGCGCUGUGGCUCUGGAGCGAUGCCUGUGUCUGCUGAGGCCUGUGUGGGCUCGACUGCGACGCCCCUCCUGGGCCGUUCCUCUGGCCUGUGGCAUCUUAUGGUUGUUAGCCACCACCUUGUCUGCCCCCUACCUCCACAGUGCCGUCCUGAUAGAAAUAAACGGGACAUACCAGUGCCUGGACAGUGGGGAGUUUGACAUGGCACUGUUUCUCACAGAAACAAUAGCAGGUUUCAUCUUGCCCCUGCUGGUGUUCUUGGGAAGUAACCUGGCUGUUGUGCUCAAAGUCAAGCAAGCAAUGCCCCCCACACCCACUUCCCCCUCAGCCCCUUCAACUGCCCGCAGGAUGAACAGGAUGUACCACGUGCUCUUCGUCACCAUGCUCCUCUUCCUCACCUGCUGGGUGCCCUAUUUUGUUUGUCGGUUCCUGCUGGCCUUGGCCGUCAGACAUUCGGAUAAGGCCAUGAAAAAUCGAGCACAUAUUGGGAAAUACAUAUCUCUGUUCCUGGUGUACAUCAAGAGUGCUCUUAACCCUGUGCUGUAUGUGUUUGCUGCCCGGGGCUUAAGCCGUGCUAUCAGAGCUUCGCUUGUCUCCACUAUUGAACGACUUUUCAAUGACGACUCCUCAGAGUCCAUACGAAGGAAGUCGCUUAAGAACUCACUUAAGAACUCACAAAUGUAAUCGGGAGGUCAAUAAUGUCUUAAUCUUUUAUAUUUGCAAAUGUGAAAUGUGUUACUGUACAGUUACUGUAAAGGAAGCAAACGCUUAAGGGGCAAGGGGACCUUUUAAAUGGGUCUGAAAGACAGAGCAAAUGAAUGUCAUAUUAUAGUUCCUAUAUGUAGAGAUGUAAUCUUGUUGACUCAUUUGAUAUAACUUAAGCUGAUGUUAGUUGAAUCAUAGUUUGACUAUUUCUGUAAUUUUCACAUAUAACAGUUUCUGACAGGAAAUUCCCACCAAUGAGGGAUGAAAGUUUGAUUUAUAGGCUUGGAUCGAUGGUGACAGAAGCCAUGAUUUCAGCACGUCAGAGAAAGACAGCUCAACUGUGAUUUGUCAGGCAGACCAGAAGUGUAAAAACUGGGCCAAACAUUGAAGGAAGAAUUUAAUCAAACAGGGAACCAUGCUGGAUUUCUCUACUGUCAGCUCAUAAUAAGACAAUAUAUGGACAUAAGUGUGAUCAGUAAAACUAGAUGACUGAAGAGUUCAAAAAUGCCUCUGCUUCUGUUGCGGCACGCUCAAGGCAGGGUCAUAAUUGGGCAUAAAAAUGAAUUCAUGAAUCAUCUUGUCUGUAUGUCAGUGGGCAGGAAACACCUUCAUGGUAAACAUGCCAAAGUGAUCACAAUAUGAUGUCAAUGCCGUUUCCUGGCUCCAGGGUAACUUUUGAAUGAUAAUGCACCAAUAAGAUUUUAUAUACAAAGAAUGUGACACUGAAUCUACCUUAUCAGGAUGAACAGUGACUCAGUUUGAUCACUCUGUUGCAAUCCAGAUUAAAACAGGUCGUAGUCUACAUGUCCGGGAACGUUUGUGCAUAAAAAAGAAUGAAUGUAUGCAUGUGUAUAGGCUAUUAGAGUACUGAAGCACAAUAUGCUGAACAGGAAGUAAAUGUGUUUCAGGUUUAUUAUCGCUUUGUGGCUGUUCCACAAGAUAGCAUUAGUAUUGUUUGUUUAAAAGAGAUGUUUAAUAGUGAUUAAACUGUACUGAAUUUUAGCACUGUACAUUUAGUUUCUUUCUUCAUUGAAACAUAAACAAAUAAAAGUCACUUUCUUUAAA